AUGUCUUUCCUCGGAGGAUCAUCUGCUCCCACGAGCGCCAGCCAGACUCAGGCCAUCAAGCAACAAGUCGCACAGGAAGCCGCCGUCGCAAACGCAAGACAGCUGGUCGAGAAACUCAACGAACACUGCUUCGAGCGCUGCAUCCCCAAGCCCGGUGCUUCCCUAUCCUCGGGCGAGUCUACCUGCUACUCCCAAUGCAUGGAGAAGUACAUGUCGGCAUGGAACGUCGUCUCCAAGCAAUACAUCAACCGCAUUCAGAGAGAAGCUGGUGCUGGAGGCCUCAUGUAA